AUGAGCUCCUACAGGUCUUAUGUGGCAAAACAGAGCAGAAGAUACCCAUCCUCAUUGCAACCCCUCUGCUACUUCCUCGAUGAUCCUCUAGUGGACCAAAAUGUCUGUCGCAUGGGCGUGUUGGAGUUCACCCCGGAUACUCCUGCGCCUGCUUAUCGCGAUCUAGACCACCAGGGAUUAUAUUCCAUCUUAUCUGAUGACACGACCACGAAAUCAUCAUUCCCAUACGGUCGCAUUGUUAUUAUCGAGGAUCUGUCGCGCGAAAUUGUAGAAAUGCUGGGCUCGUUACUGCAUAUUGAUCCGUUAUUUUUUGCCUCUCAUAUCGGACACAAUGGCCCUUCUGGGGAUUCGACCAUUGCAAGUGCACUGAGAUCAAGAAAACAACCAUUCAUCACAAAUCACUACUAUCGAGCGGUUACCCUGCAUGGCUUACAAGAGGGAUGCAGCUCGCAGUAUUCCAGGGAAACGAAUGUCAACAGAGAGGUCAUGCUUCUUCCGCCAACCCAGGACGGUACAUGCAAUGCACUCAUCCAACAUAACUGUUCUAUCUUUGUGCAACAGAAUAGAAACGAUGGUUGGCUUGGCCUGAUCCUAGUCGACCCAUCCAUCCACAACAACCAUCUCAUACUCCGCCAAACAAGCAACUCAAAACACCUCCCAUACACACCCACCUGCCAUCUAUUCCAAGGCGGCUACGAAGACUUCCUCGACUCGAACUCCCCAGCCAAUGAAUGGGACUCAUACUAUCCUCCCCGCCACGGCCUCUUUGAAGACCAAAUCUACUACUGGCAAACAGAGUGCCCAACCAGUUUCAAACUAGCCAACCCCCCAACAAUCUCCCUCGCAUACUACCCCAUCCAAAUCAUCCUAUCCGAAUGGACCAACACCCUCACAGCCCUAGACCAACACAUCCAACACCACGAAACCACCAUCAGCUCCCUCCCAAACCAACCACUCCACCCCGACCAAUCCAACCCCAACCCCAACCUCCACGCCCUCAUGACCCUACACCGCCGCCUCCAAACCUUCACCACCCACAUCUCACAAACGCACCACUUCCUCCAACAUCAAGAAAAGACCCUUUUCGACCUCCUCCACUCCUACGAAACCAUAGCCACCGCCUUGGCCCAACUCUCCUCCACCCUCAGCAACACCCUCAUCCCAACAGCCGCUUCCCUAACUCAGCUAGUAGAGAUUAAACGCACCGAGUCGCAGACUUUCCGCGUCAACCAGCUCACAUACCUAGCGUUUGGGUUCGUGCCGCUGAGCUUCGUGACGAGUCUGUACGGCAUGAGCGAUGAGUUCGCGCCGGGCGGGAAGAACUUCUGGCAGUGGUUUGUGGUGGCUAUUCCGUUGAGUGUGUUUUGUUUGUGGUGUAUGGAGUCGAGUACCAGGCCGGAUGGGUGGUUGAGGAGGAUGCAGGGGAGGAGGUUGCGGAUAGAGUUGUUGGGGGGGGUCGGAGGGGGUUAA